AUGGUGGUAAACGGAGAGAUCCAGGAACAUGAAAGUGACCAAAACCUGACGAUUAAAACCUCCCUACAUCCAUUCAAGUCGGAACAUUCCUUGCAACAAGUAACAUCUGCGGGCAUCCCGCCAGCGCCCGAAGCAGAAUUUAAGCCCACAACAAGGUUGUAUCUUGCCUUCGGCACAUUGGCAGUGAUCACACUUAUGGUGGCUCUGGAUGGGACAAGCUUAUCCGUUGCUCUGCCCAUCAUGGCACGCGCCCUGAAGGGCACCGCGAUCGAGGCUUUCUGGGCUGGUACAUCUUUCCUUCUCUGCUCUACAAUAUUUCAGCCGAGUUUCGCCGAACUUUCUCACAUCUUCGGACGGAAACUCCUCGCCAUGGUGGCUCUUGUAUUCUUUCUCAUCGGCGCCAUCGUUGCUGCGACGGCGAACGGGUUUGGACCCCUUCUUGUCGGCAGGCCGCUCCAGGGUGUUGGAGGUGGCGGCCUCAUUGGCCUUACCGAGAUUCUGGUCACCGACUUGGUACCAUUGAGGCAAAGAGGUCAAUGGUUCGGAAUCAUUAGCGCAAUGCGGAGUAUAGGUUCUGUCACCGGUCCUAUCGUUGGUGGCGCGUUUGCGCAAGCUGUAUCUUGGCGGUGGAUCUUCUGGAUCAAUUUGCCAUUUGUUGGGCUCGCUCUUUUCCUGGUGCCUCUCACUCUGGUGCUGGCUUUUAGAGUUAGCUCGCUCGCAGACAAGCUUAGGCGGGUGGACUGGAUUGGAUCGGUCCUCUUCAUUGGGUCGACAACCAGUUUCCUGAUUCCAAUUACUUGGGGCGGUGUGUCAUACGCCUGGGACUCCUGGCGGGUUCUGGCUCCACUGAUCAUCGGCAUCGUCGGUCUGGCUGUCUUUGUUGUCUUCGAGGAAUACGUCGCCAAAGAGCCGCUCAUUAGGCUUGACGUCUUCAAGAACCGAACGGCAGCUGCAAGCUAUUUUGAAACAACCCUACAUGGCAUGAUCCUUGGGUGCAUCCUCUAUUAUAUGCCUCUCUACUACGAGGCCGUCAAAGGCGAGACACCCAUUAUCGCGGGUAUAAGCCUUCUCCCGGCCACAUUCACUGUGGCUCCCGCGGCCAUGGUCACAGGAAUGUCUGGUUGGGCACUGACCACUCUUGGGACUGGUAUACUCUACUUGCUUGACGUCAACACGAAAACAGUCCAGUGGGUAUUCCUCAAUCUCGUAAGCGGUUUGGGAAUGGGCGUUCUCUUCCCCUCAAUGGCUUUCUCGAUUCAAGCAGCCACUAUAAACAAGGACCUCGCCUUCGCCGUCGCCCUGUUUUCAUUCUUCCGUGCCUUCGGCCAAGCAAUAGGCGUCGCUGUCGGUGGUGUGAUCUUCCAAAACCAGCUCAAAAAGAAGCUCUUGACUUACCCGCUUCUCGCCCCCAUGGCAGGUGUCUACUCAAGCGAUGCUUCGGGCUUAGUGCAAAUUAUCAAGACGAUGCAGCAUGGACCCCCGAGAACGCAACUGAUUCAGAUUUACGCUGAUCCUUUGAAACUCGUGUGGAUUGUGAUGUGUGCCUUGGCAGGUGUGGCUCUCCUGUCGAGCUUCCUGAUAAAAGGGUUCGAGCUGGAUCGUGCGUUGGAGACGGAGCAGGGGUUUCAGGUUGAAAAGACGGCUGUCGAUGAAGAGAAGUGA